AGUAAUCAUAAAAUAAAAUCUGUUUUUUUUCUAUUUUUUUCGUUAUUCGUCAGCCUUGACGUAACACUCCCUGAAAACUCGAUGAUUAUAUCUAUAAAAUGAUAAAUUAUCCUUAACAAAGACAAAGAAAUAGAUCACGGUUCCUUGUCAAAGCCGCCUCCUCUUGCUGCUCAAGUAAAGCCAACACAUCCACAUCUAUACACACACACACAUACGCAGGCACCUUCCACCUUCUUCCUUCUUCACACAUAUAUAUAUAUAUAUAUAUGCACACACAGAGCAGAGCAAGUCCAAGUGUAUGAACAGAGUCAAGAAGACAGAAGACAUUACAGAUAGCGAAGAACACAGAACAAUGCAAGAUUUUUCAUAUUCUACGGAGUCCUUUAGCCCCAGCUUCAGUUUUUACGUCUCCGGUGACGGUGAGAUCGUCGAAACCGCCGUUAGAGUUGUCCGUGAGUCCCAAAGCUACGGCGACGACACAGCUGAGUUCGAGUUCGAAACGUUGCCGUUACGCGAAGAAAACUUCUUCCAUUUCCCAACGACGACGAAAUCGUUAGCAGCCGUUGCUGAUCGAGAUAGCUCGAAGAAUAUUUUAUACAGUGGUGGAUGGAUGCUUGAUCAGUCUCUAUCGUCUCAGUCUCAGUCGCAUUCAUCCUCUGAGUCUUCAGACUCGGAGGAUCUUCCCCCGAGAAGAUACAACUGUUUCUGGAGCCCGACCCGAUCACCGGCGAGAGUUGAUAGCUCAAAGAGUAAAACUUCGAACGUACCGAUACGAUGUCGUAUUAAGGAACUUUUAAGGAGAAGCCACAGCGACGGAGCUGUUUCGACCACGAGCGAGCCUAAACGAUGUCGUUUUAAGAAUUUCUUGAGAAGAAGUCACAGCGACGGUGGAGGAAGUGGGUCCUCGGUUUCGCCUAGCGGCAACAGCUCGCCAGCAGUAAGAGGGAGAAAUAAAACGACGUCGAAUAAGUAUACUAGUAACACUGGGGAAGUGAAUAUGAGAAGAAAGACUUAUUUACCUUACAGGCAAGAUUUGAUCGGCGUUUUCGCCGGAAUGAGCAGACUCGGUCGAUAAAAUAAUUGUAGCUGCUUGUAAUUAGUAAAUUUACAAAUAGCUCCUUGCUUCAAUAUUUGUUUUCGUUAUGUGGCCAUGUAAAAAAAAUUUUGUGCUAUUAACUUCUAAAUGUUAUAAAUCAU